AUAUUUCCCAAUCAUAGUCUAAUCCCAAAUCAAAAUAACCAUGCUACAUCGCAACGACCAAACACUCAUUGAGAAAUUCGAGAAAGCUACAGAAGCACUUACGCAAGAAGAAGGAGCGAUAAGUGACGAGGAAGCAAAGUGGAUUGCAGAAGACGAGAACAUUCAGUCAAUUUUUUGCGAACAUGAUGAGGCAUUUCAUUUGAUGGACACCCCUUGCCCCAGUGAUAUUUCUUCUGCGGCCGUUGCACUUACUACUGAUGCCACCGACAGUAACAGAGAAGCUACGAUGAUGGGUGAAGUCCGCGCUUUGAACAAGGCUAUGGAGAAGGAGUAUCAGGAACGCCUUGCUCGUAUUGCCGAGAGGUACAACGCGCCUGUAGACGCUCUGAAGCACUUGAAACCAACAUUCAUUCGCAAAAAUACUGGCGGGUUUUCUGGCUUCAACGUCUUUCAGAAACGCCCUUUUGAUUCUGAUGAAAAAGCAGAAUUGAAAAUUAACAAAAGAUCAAUCGGAAACAUCCAGGCUCGCAGAGGAGCAAUUUGAAGGGAGAUGGAUGAAGGUGCCCGGAAACCGUAUGAAGACAAGGCACAAAUGUUGAAUGAGGAGAUGAUUGGUACGCAGAAGACCAUGCGAAACAGGUACCAUCGCCUCAUACCUGCUCUUGAAAAAAAUCUCACCAUGCUGAGGGAUGAAUGUGGUGUAGAAAGCAUUUGCUUUCUUGCACCAAGCAAAACGGACGGCGUCAUCAAGCCUUAUAGGGAUGGCUAUGGCUCUGGU